UAUAUUUGGUUAAUGGUUUGUCAAUGUCUGUUGUUAGCGAUUGUUUUUUGUAUUAUACAAUUCAAACUAAAACAGUGUUCCUAUUUUAGUGAAUAUAAUUAAUGCAAUGGCACAAACAGAAGAUACUGAACUAAGGGAUUUAGUUAUUGAAGCCUUAGAAAAAAACGGGUCGCUUGCAAAAAUCCGUGCUUUACUGCGAGCAAAUAUUUUUUUAGCCUUUGAAGACGAAUGUGAAAACUUGAAGCAAAAUGAAACUUUAGAUAAAUUAUUAUUACUGCCAGAAGGUAAGAGACAAGGAACAGAAUAUACAUAUGAAGGCAGAAACAAUGUUGCCGAUAAAUUAAACAUAAAUUGGAAUGAUCAAUCAGGUAAUAAACCUAUCUUAUUGACUUUGGUUAAUAACAUUCUUAAUCAAAGUCAAAAAAAUAUUUAUAAACAAGAUAACAAACAUAGUCACUUCAAUCGACUAAAUAGAAAUAAAAACUACAAGGCAGACCAAGAUUGCACAUAUAUAGUACAUGAGGAUUCUAAUACAACUACAAGUUAUUCACAAUCGGAUAAUUCUUCUGAUGAAAAAAAUAAGCUGGAUCUGAGGUUAACAUUAGAUAAUUCAGAUACUGAUACCUCAAGUGGAUCUUUAAGAGGUAAUUCAUGAUUUAUUUUGCAAAUGGUUGUGCCUUAACUAUCUGAAACAAGAUUAUCAUGGUUCCUCAAACAUUCAGUCAAAUAAAAUCUAGUCCUAUCUCUGUUCUUUUUGAGAACAUAACAAGAUCCGUCCAAAUUACUCCGAUUUCACGACAAUCUGGUAUUGCAAACAAUAUGUAAACAUGUUUUAAUAAAUGCUUUUUAUUUGCUUGA